AUGCCACAAAUCCAACAACGUCCUCAAUUUUUAAAAAACCGAAGAAAGAAUGUGUUUAUAUGGACCAAAAAGGUAUUAAUUUAUGAAAAUUUAUAUUGGAAAAAAUUACUUUUUUAUAUGGAAUAUUAUUAUAGGCUAAAAGUAAAGUUUAUGGAAAAGACACGUUAGUACGAUGCGUAUUUUACGUUUUUUGUUUUGAUUAUUAGAGAUUUAAAAAAAUAAAAAUUGUGGAAAAAAUAUUUCAAUUUUAAAAAAAUUUAAAUGCAUUUGAAAAAUUAAGCUUUUCGAAUAAGCGAUUUUUCAAAUAAUUCUGUGCCCUACUUCAACUAAAAUUUUUAGGGCUAGAGGCUCAGAAUUAUUUGAACAACUCAAUAGUUGAACCGGGCUUUCCUUAUGUUAAAGACAGCGGAAGCAUGACUAAAAGAAAACACGUCUUAUUACUUUAAUGUGACACUUAAAAUAACAUAUAUUUUUACGAUAACAAGAUUUUCCCUUAUUUUUACGUGAAAAAUCACAUAAAUUAGGAUGCGUUCUUUAAUUAGCAACGUUUGCAAAACAAAUCAGGACUUGUUUUGGAAGCAGAAGAAUGUAAAACUCUUUGUUUACACUUUGAAAACAGUAAAAGUAAAUUGUAAUUUAUAGGUUUUUGGGAGGAAAAAUUGAAAAAUGUGCUUUUUUGGAUGAAAAGAUUGUAAAAUUUAUUGUUUUUUUAAGUAAAACAAAGUUUAGUAGAAAAUCAACUUAAAUUGAAAAAAAGUAUAUUGUGCAGCUUUAGAAAAAUGUAUAAUUGUACUGAUACACACUAUAAAAUCUUUAAAAAAGACUUUUUAAAACAAGUUCAAGACCUCAAAAAUAAAAAAAAUGAUUUUCAUGUUAAGUUUUUAAUUAAAAUCUCUUAAAUUUCAGCGUCUGCGAACAGAAAACCGUCUUCUACGCCAACGAAUUGACUAUCUCGAACACGAAUCCUCCGCUUUGGCUGAUCGGCUGGUCCGAGGACAAGUAGACUUGGCACAACAAGCCGACAACUGCCUCAACAUCUCUCAUGAACUUCACGUACUUAGAGACAUCAACACUGAUGCUCACAGACGACUGGAAGAAGCCUUUGAAACGAUACGACAAUUGUCAUCGAAGAAUAAGGCUGAACAAGGUCUAACUGACACAGCAACACAGGUUGAUGACACUUCUAUGAUCGAACAUAUUCAUCAACUUCAACAAGAACUAAUCGAAGCUCACACCAAGAAGAGCGACUUGGAAAGCUCGGUUCGGGAGCUGAAGUUGAGGGUUCAGGUAAGGGAUUUGAAAUUUUGGGAAGUUAGAUAGCUUUGAUUCUUUUUACAAUUUGAUUUUUUUGGCCAAAAGUAGGUGAUAUUAGGAAAAAAAAUAUUUUUAUGUAGGUACAACCUAUAGUGAAAAGUUUACAAAAAAUAUUGUGUAAUUUACAAUUUGUAAUUUUCAGGAGCUGGAAUCGUCCAAUAAACGCCUCCGAGAAUCCCCACCAGAUGGCGGUGUAGCAGCCCUACAAGAAGAGCUCAUUAGGGUCAAAAUGCGAGAAGCCGAAGCCGCGUUAUCAUUGAAAGAAAUGCGACAACGAAUCCAGGAGCUGGAGAAUCAUUGGAUGGUAAGAUUUUUUUAUUUAAAAAAGUUUUUUUUAAAUCAUAAGACAAGUAGUUGUGCCGUAUUUUACCUAACUCCUUAUAUUUCAGCGGUACCAAGAAGCCAGAACCAAGACCGAAGCCCAAUCACCCACAAGUCCAAACGCCUCAACAGAUGCUCCAAACACGUCGGCCGAUUCCACCACCUCUACCUCCAGCAAUCCACUAUCAGCCAGAAAUAGGCUAGCCAAACUGACAGCCGGUUGGAUGGGUGGAUCAGCCUCAAACGAAGCCGAGCCAAGCCUAAAAGAACUCGAGGAACAGAUCAUGGGCUUACGGAUCAGAGAGGCCGACAUGAAUGUGGAGCUACAGGAAAUGAGCCAGAAGGUAAUGGAGCUAGAAACCCAGAAUCAUGUCUGUUCGAAUCAACUAAAACGUCAAGAUGAAGAACUGAAGCGUGUGACAGAAGAGCGGGACAUGCUGAAUAAGACAGAACAAGAAAUGAGUGGAAAGGUCAAGGAUUUGGAACACAAGUUGUUGGCCGCUGAGUCAGAAAUGAAGGAAAAGAAUGUCAUGCAAAGGCUAAAGUACACCGAAGCCUUGCAGAACAUCAGCGAUUUGAAACAACAUAUCGCUCAGUUGGAGUCAAAGGUAUGGUUUUGAAGGUAUUUUUAAUAAAAAUCUACAAUUUUAGGUAUGAAAAAUUUAUUUCAUAUUCAAAAAUCGUUGAUUUUAAAUAUGAAUAACAUUUUUAAUUUAGAACGCCGAAAAGUUUGCGACAGCUCAACUACGAGGACUAGUGGAUAUGGACGAGGAUUCGGUAAGGAUUUUGAAAAAAAAGUUUUAUAAUAGGUAUAUCAGGAUUAAAAUGGCUUUAAAGGGGCUGGAAAAGUUUUGUUUAUCUUCUUGUAGACCUACAGCUAAUUAUCGAUAGUAAGUCGAGACUUUACUGGAUAGUAAAAAUGAAAUUUUUACGUUGUCUAGCUAAUUUUUGAUGCCUAAAGAUUAGUUUAAGACUGAAAAUUAUUUUUCUCAUUUUCAGAUAGCCUCAAACCGCUCCAACGGCUCACUGGGCGACGCUACAUCCAUCAACAGCGAGGAGAUGUCAGCGUUUUUGGCUGAAGUGACACUACGUCAUUCGAACGCCCCAACCAACUCGGAUUCGUUGUUGGAUGAGACUGACGAAGAAGACGAACGAGGCGAUGAAAAGAAGAGAAAGUCUACCAAGCCACAGAAGAAGAAUCACGAAGACACGGCGGAUUCUGGACUUGAUGGUGUACAUUUGAGUGAUAAUUAA